AUGAAGGUCGUCGUAACAGGCGCCUCCGGUCUACUAGGGCGAGCAGUCUUCUCGCACCUCACCGCCCUCGAUGAUGGGUCGCACCAGGUCUCUGGCCUGGCGCGCUCGCGAUCGCAGCCGCCGCUCACUCAACUCGACCUUCUGGACAGCUCAGCCCUUCGCUCCCACCUCUCCUCUUUCCAGCCUGACGUAAUUAUCCAUUGUGCAGCGGAACGUCGGCCAGAUGUAGUAGAGAAGGAGCCCGAGCGAAGCCAAGAGUUGAACGUCGACGUUCCCGCCAGGCUGGCGGAGAUGAGCAAGGAAAUGGGGUUCCGCCUCAUCUACAUCAGCACAGACUAUGUAUUUGAUGGAAGCAAGCCGCCAUAUACUGUGGAGAGUGAGCCGAAUCCUCUGAAUGCGUAUGGGACGAGCAAGUUGCUGGGAGAGAGGAUGGUCAGGGAGAAGGGCGAGGAGGGGAGGGUUACCUGUUUGAGGGUGCCUGUAUUAUACGGCCCUACCCUCACUCCCACCGAAUCAGCAGUCAAUGUCCUCACCACGGUCAUUCUUCCUCCCGCGGAUCCCAACAAGAUGAUCAAGAUGGACGCCUACGCAGUCCGCUACCCAACCAACGUUCAGGACGUUGCUCGCAUCCUUGGCAACGUCGCAAGCCUCUCCCUGACCAAGCCCCUCCCGCCCAUUCUGCACUACCAAGCAACAGAGGCAAUGACCAAAUACGACAUGUGCAACGUCUUCUCGCGCUUGCAGAAUCGUCACUCGCCCCCACUCAAGGAGACGUCCGUCUCCCACCUGGACCCGGAGUACGAGGUUGACCCGGUGGCUGCUACUGCUCGCCCGAGACACUGCAAGAUGGACACGAGUGCAUUGCAAGAGUACGGUGUGGAUGUGGGACACACGGAAUUUGAGGAGUGGUGGUCGGGGGAGAUGGAGAGGGAGAGGGGGAGGGAGGAAAAGAGGUUGGAGGAGGCAGCCAGGGAGGCAGAGGCCGCAAGGCGAAAGGCUGAGGAGGAAGAGAAAGAGAGGCAGAAAAAAGCAGAGGAGGCGGAGAAAGAGAGGCGACGCCUUGAGGAGGAAGAGCGGCAGAGGAAGGCGGCAGAGGAGCGACAGCGCGCCGAGGAGGAGGCGAAGGAGCAGCAGAAACGGGAGGAAGAGGAGAGGCAGGCGCAAGAGGCAAAGCAGGUCGCCGAAGAGGCUGCGGCUGCUGCUGCUGCUGCUUCAUCUGCUACCACCGCUACCUCUCCUACAUCCCCAACCUCCCCGAGUAAAGAGGAUUCUUCGUCUCGCGACGCACCCGAGGAGGCCGUAGUAGAAGGUGACGAAUCGCAGUCGGCCAGCCGCGACCCAGCCCUGGGUGCCCCAGCUCGCGAGCAGUCCCCACACCCGUCCUUCUCCUCCCUCCGAGCAAGGCCCACCCCACCGGAUGUACGCAGCCCUUCAAGCUCUCAGCCCACAUCGCUCCGCAAUGCCGAAGGGGUCGUGCAGCCCCCAGUCUCACUUGCCUCGCAGCCACUCGAGCGCGUCGAACAGGAACACAAUGAGGCGCCGCCUACGCCGCCCAAACCGGGCAGGGGCCCAGCAUCAGCCGCCAUGGACCAGAGUGUGUCAGAAAGCUCCUCCGCCUCUACGCCGCAGGGCUCUCAGACUAUCCGGCCUAAUCCAUUUAGGCAGCCGCCUGAGAUGCCUGCACAGCUUGACAUCGGGACGCAAGGUGGUAGAGCGGGACCGGAUGAGGAUGAGGAGAUCUACGGUCAAGCUUCGCCUCAUCCUUCAAGGGCGCAGAGGGCGGUGGUAGAAGGCGAGCAGCAAGAUGGGGAGAGAGGAGCCUUCCAGAAGGGGUAUGGUGAGGUCAAGGCCGGCCUGGACGAAGCCACAGGCAACGCUGACGCUGCGACGUCAAGCCAGUUGGCCGGGCCCGCUCAGCCCACAUUUACGAUCAAAGUCGGCGACCCGCACAAAGUCGGAGACCAUCUCGCCUCAACAGGGCACAUAGUCUACACUGUUCGGACCACCACCAACUCGCUUCUUUACAGAUCGCCGCAAUUUUCCUCCCUCAGGAGAUACAAUGACUUUCGCUGGCUGCAUGCUGCACUGGUGCACAACAAUCCGGGUAUCAUCAUCCCGCCUGUACCCGAAAAGGUUCGCGGGCUUAUCAGCCGCUUCUCACCAGAUCUGGUCGAGGCGCGCCGUCAUGGGCUGGAAACUUGCGUGAACAAGAUCUGCGCCCAUCCGGUGCUCUGCAAAGAUGAGGACCUGCGCCUCUUCCUAGAGAGCGAAGAUUUUGCCCGCGAUGUGAAGCUGAGGGAUGCGAGAAAGGGCGCUGUGCCCACGCCGGAGCAGCGGACUUGGAUGGGAUGGAGUGGGACGGUUGGAGUCAACAGUGGAGUCAAGUAUACCGAGGGAGAUGAGUGGUUCGACGCGCAGCGUGCCUACCUGGACUCACUGGAGGCACAGCUCAAGCACAUGGUGAAAGGGAUCAACGCCCUCUCUUCGUCACGCAAGGAGCUUGCCGACUCAAUUGCUGCCUCCUCGCAUGCGCUGAUGAUGUUGAGCGGCUCAUCAUUGUCCCGCUCCCUGUCUGCUGCUUUCGCCGGCUUGGGUGACUUGCAAAGGAGAGCACAGGAGCUCGAAGAGGUGCAAAGUGAUCGCGACAUACGCCAGUUCGGCUCCGUCCUUUACGAGUACGAGCGUGUCGUAGGCUCAGUCCGCAAAGCCUUCUCGUCCCGCAUCGACUGUUGGCACCUGAUGGUCAAGUCAGACGAGGAGUUCCGCAAGGCCCGCGUGAGGCACGAUCGGCUCAAAGGUUCCUCUUCCAACCCAAACGGGUACGACUCUUCCUCCUCCGGCGGGGCAGGCGGGUCAUACCAUCACUUCCACCAAUACGAGGAAUCAGUCCGCGAUCUUGGUGAGAGCGAGACGAGGGCGCUCGAGGCGAGGGCGAGAUUCGAUUUGGUGGGCAAGAGGUGUAAAGAGGAGAUGGCUAGGUUCGAUCGGGAGAGAUGCAAGGAUGUCAUGCGGGCGGUGGAUGAGUGGUUGUCGGGGAUGUUGGAGAGGAGGGAGGAGCUGCUGCAGGAGUGGGAGGAGUAUGCGCGCAGAUGUCUUGGUAUUGAGCUGGGUGAUCCGCCGCCGCCGAAAGAAGGGGAAGAGGAGAAGGCCGUCGAUGCUGCUGCUGCUGCUCCUGCUCCUGCCACCGCCGCAGAUGCCGCAAAGCAAGCUGAGACCAAUGGCGACGAAGCGCAAGCGAAGGAUACUGCCAAGGCUACAGAGCAGGGACAAGAUCCAAUCGCUUCGAGCACAGAAGAGACCGCAGAUACCUCGAAGCCGCCAGCAGACGUCCAGAUUGUCACUACCGAGGCUAACGACGAUCAGAAAGCCACGCAGCGGGUUGAGGACGUCCCGCCGCCUAAUGAGCCGGAUCAGUCCGGCAGGACGCAAAGGCAAGCCUCUUUGGAGACGGUUGGUGAAACUGGCGUUAGUGGGGACAGCGUACUGGCGGACACACGGCGGGACACGGAGGAAACGAAUGAGCAGCCGGUGCCUGACCGAGAUGGCGCUGACGCCGCCACAGAGAGGGAACAAGCUGCGGCCGUCGUGCCUGACGUGAGCAGUACGCACGGCACGAGCGGUACCGAGGGCGAAGAUCAAGAGACCAAGCAAGCGGAGAACGCGGGUCUGGCUUCGACACCUCCCUCGUAA